AAGAACAUCGGAGACACAAUCCAAACUUGGGUUUGAAGAAUAAAGUCAGAAAAAGCAAAAGUCUCCGAUCAACCGAGAUGGCAGAACAUAUAAAUUUACUUAAGGCAUGGAAAAAGAACCCUAACCGAUCUCAAAAUGUUGUCGACGAACCAUCAUCGACAAGGGUGGAGCCGACUCCAGCUAUUGUGAGCGAGUCAGCCACUGUGGAUAAUCAACCGCUCACUGUUGAGCCAAUACAACAAGUUAUAAUGCCAUCACAUGAGCCCAUUGCUGAAACCGAAGUCUCGCAGGAAAUGCCUGAAGAACCUGCUCUGAGCUUGGUAAGUCGUCGUAAACGAUCAAGUGUAUCUCAUGUAGCAGAGCAGAUGAAGAAGAG